AUGACAACGCUAAGCCCAAACCUCACUUCACGGAAAGCUCUUGAAGAGUGGCUGCUGGACUUUCACAAAAGCUCAGCUACGCUCGAUGCAAAGCUUUGUGCUGAUAAAUUCUUCACUCAGGAUGUCGAAAUGUGCUACGCCAAUAACCUGCCAGUCAAUGUUGAAGCGUUCUUCGACAAGGCCUUCAAAGCAUUGGAUUUAAUGCACCACGACAUCAACUACUUUGACUUUGUGGGCCCAGAUAAGCUGUAUCAGGCGGCCACCAUCAAGUACCUGGUUAAAGGAGAUGAUCCAGACAAAGAUUUGAUUGUGAUCCCAGCCAUUCAGGUGGCCUGGCUAAAGGAGGAGGAGGGCAAGCUGAAAAUGCGGAGAUCAGAGAUUUACCUGGAUGCGUGUCAGGUGUUUGCCAAGAUGUCCGAAAAAGGCCUUCUGUAG